GACGCUUUCUGAUAUACUGUCCACGGGACGCAAAUGGCAUUCAACUCCUCUGCUUCAUCCCCUGACUGAAUGAUCAUUAUGCACUUGCGCAUCUCCGAUGCUCGGGAUGGUACGAAUUCCGGCCUAUGGCUUGCACUGCUGGUCCCGAUUGGUCUACUCCGGACGGGCCACCAAGCUCUAGCGGCAGACAUUCUCGUCACGAUGACCGUGCUGUUCUCACUGUGUGUGAAAACCGGCUCAGCUUUGGUUUUCACCUGUGGUGUGGGUGUCUCUUUCCUAACAUUUUCAUUCAACUCAACCGUUCCGUUUCGCCAGAUUUUUGUAUUAGGUUUCGUAAUCUGUUGCACGCGCAAUCUUUUGCGCCUCUUUCCAAAAUCAUUCACCAUAGGAGAAGCGAUCCUGUUGACUCACUUGUUGAUUGUAUUUCUUCACUCCUACCCCCUAUUUUUGAUAGUAUUUAUUUGUUCGUUUCUAGUUGAAUACUACUCCAUUCCUUGUACUCCUCUUUAUGGUAUAGGCUUACUUUGUUUUGUGGCAGUUCUAUCGUUCACCGUCACAUGGUUGAUAUUACCUGGAUUCCCAUUUUUCUACGUCUUUCGGGUCAAGCAACUUUGGUGUUUCUUCACCCCACCCCAUGUUGCGCUUUUAUCGUCGUGGGCAUUCUUACUUGUUCUAUCUGUCGCGAUUACUUUAUUCUAUCAUCGCUGUGGCAGGUUAGGUGUUCCUCUAGACCCCUCAGAGCAUUGUACAUCUCCAUCAGCCAGUCUUUGUCCCACCGAAAUUAAUCCAUCCUCGUUCUUUUUCUCUACCAAACAAAGCAACUGUAUAAACUCAAAACCAACGCCUGAUCACUGUACAUAUCUACGCAUGAAAAAUCGUUCCAGUCAUACGCCAACUACCCCGUUCUGGUUACGAAAGGUGUUUCAUUUCAACGCUGGACUCGUGUUUGCCUUGGGUCUACAAUUUGCACCACGGUUGCUUAGCUCCUGUGCUGCCUGUUUGCUCAUUGCAUUUGGCUUGUUUGAAUGGAUCAGACGUCGAGGACCUGCGCCAGUGGCGAUUUGUUUCAGCAACCUUGUUGACCCAUUCCGGGACGAAAGGGAUUCCGGUGCGCUUGUCUUCACCCCCAUAGCUCUGUUGCUCGGACUUGCGAUUCCAGUUUGGUGGCCUGAUCCCGUCCAGCCUCAGCUUACUGUAAAUAUUGGACGCCUGUGUCCAAAUCUGAAAGUAUCACCCUCAAUGUGGGCCGGUGUGCUCUCCAUAUCUGUUGGCGACAGUAUGGCUGCCCUAGUGGGUCGUCCUUGGGGUCGAACUAGGUGGCCUUAUUCGCACCGAACGUUUUUUGGAUCAUUUGCUUCACUAUGCAUUUGCUGGCUUAUUGUCGCCCACUUGCACUCGUGGCCUGUGAAAUCCGGUUUCGUACCCAUCGUGUUGGGUGUCCUGGUCGAAGCCUACACGGAACAAAUUGAUAAUCUCGUGGUACCACUGGUGGUCAUGUCAGCCUUUGCUUGACAUAACCUGAUCCAUGAUUAGACCUUUCGGAAUUUAGUGCUGUGCACUUUUUCUAUCUACUAACUGAACACAAUUCCAAUUGAUCUGUAUUUUUCUCCUGUACUUAACACAUUGUUGUCCUAGCCAUAAUGAGAACAUCAUUA